GGAGAGGGAGAGAGAGAGGCUACCAUGACAGCGCCUCCUGAUGCACAAGUGUUUUGACUCGCGGGGACUAUCUUGUACGCAAGCAACUCAAUCAGCCCUCCCUCAGGCCGUUUUGUGCGGAUAAAAGCAAAGCCAGCUGACAUGGGGAAAGUGGAAGGAGGGAUGAAAUGUGUGAAAUAUCUCCUGUUCUUGUUCAACUUCAUAUUUUGGCUGAUGGGAUCCUUUGUUCUGGCAGUGGGACUGUGGUUACGUUUCGACCCGGAAACCGUGUCCCUGCUCAACGGUGAUAAGGCCCCAGACACGUACUUCAUUGGAGUGUACAUCCUGAUAGGAGCUGGCAGUCUGGUGAUGUUGGUCGGUUUCUUCGGCUGCUGCGGAGCUGUUCGAGAAUCUCAAUGUCUGCUGGCGUCAGUGAGUCCCAAUGUAACAUCUGAGAUUCAAUCAAUUCGUACCAAGAUUUCAUUUUUGUUUUGUUUUUUUGGGGGUUUUUUUGUAUCGUUGAAUCUCUUACAGUUCUUUGCAUGUCUGUUGAUCAUCUUUGGAGCUGAGGUGGCAGCAGGCGUGUUUGGAUUCUUAAACAAAGACAAGAUAAUCGAAGACGUCCAAAACUUCUAUGCCACGACCUACAAUGAAAAUAACAACAGCACGUUGAUCAUCUCGUACCAAAGAGUACUGAACUGUUGUGGAACGCUAGCUAACAACUGUUCAUAUCAAGAACCAGGUACAAAGGACUGCGAGACAGGUGUAAAGGAUUUCUUCAACAGUAAACUCUUCAUCAUUGGGUACGUUGGCAUCGGCAUCGCUGGCGUCAUGAUCAUCGGGAUGAUCUUCAGUAUGGUGCUUUGCUGCGCUGUACGUAACAGUAGGGAGGUCAUCUGAACAACUCAGAUCGUCACCGUCAUCUGCCGAGUGAUCCGGGAAGCACUUCUCAAAGGAUCUCCCUUUAUUUUCUCGUGCGGUCUUUUAUUUCACAACUUCAUACCAUGCAGAUGGGACUUGGCGACUUCUGUUACAGACAAUGUUAUGUUGCCCCUUCUUAUCUUUCAGAUCGUCUUCCCCCUGUGACCGUUUGGCAAGCGCGAACACAAAUUUGAGCCCACAUACCUUCACGGUAGUGUCCGAGGUUUUUCAUACAACCCAUACGCUUGUCUUAGUCUUAGGAAGAGAAGCAAUAGGUUAACAUUUUCGGGAGACAUGCUUAUUUAUUGAUUCCGACAUGAGUCUAUAGCCAGCAAGUAGCGUUUUUUUCCCCAACAUGAUUACUCGAAAACCAGGAGUGUCAAUCUCAUUUUUUGUUGCGAGCCAAAUUGCUGUUAGGUUUUCCCUCAGAAGGCCGUUAUGACUGUGCAACCAUAUAAAUGCAUCUUCACCUUAUCAUAUCAUUAUGGAACCUCGGGUUUCAUAUUCAUUCGGUUGUUGACAUCUUUUCUCCCGGUUUUCGUACACCCGCAUGGCUUUUGUUGCAAAUGGUCCAGACACGUUCACCUGUCCGCGUCACGACUUACUUUUUCAUUUUAAAAUGCCUCCCGUUUCUCAGUGUUAUUAAGAGUGAAGACAACUUGAAAUCCCGGUCCAGAGGAACAUGAUGGAGAGGCACGUGAUUUCAUUUUUUAAUUGAUUUACUUACGUGGGCCACAUGAAAUGAUAUGGCGGGACAUAUCUGGCCCCGGGGCCUAAGUUUGACAUCUUGCUAUAAACUGAAGAAAAUUCUUACCUUCGCUUUACGGGAUAUAUGAUUAGGUUAUUUCAUAUCCAAUGUUUGACAGUAAUUUUAGCCAUUUUUAUUAUUUUAUUUUUCGGCCAUUUUUUUUUGUUUUGUUUUUUUGCCCCUUUUUGAUUUUGCAACUAUAUUUAUCUGUAUUUUUUUUUUUUUUUUAUUAAGAUAGAAAUGAGACAAAACUUUGUCUGCAAUACAACUCUAAAAAUUGUGGGGAUGAAAAAAAAUAAUAAUAAUAAACAAAACAAAUCAACAUUUCUACGGUAAGAAUGACUUGAACUCAUUUGGUCGGAGGAUUAAGCCAGCGGCACGAAUAUCAAAUUUUUAUGGUUUUUUUUAAUUGUUGGUUCUAAUUCACUUUAUGCGCUAUUAUGUAAAUAUCUGUCAAGUUUUUGUAGCUGUACAUUUUUGUGGCUGAUUCGAUCGUACUGCUUGUAGAUAAAGUUUGGAAAUAGUGGCACAGUCAGCAUUUGCGUAAAAAAAAAAAAAAAAAAAAAAAAAAAAAUCAUAAUAAUAAUUCCAUAGGGCCAAAAACAGCCUUUCAAUGUGCCUUUUUUCAGUGACAAACUUUUUUAGCGACAAUGUGCUGCCUGUCUGGAUGUAGAACGUAGAAAAAAGUGUACAUACGAUAGUGACGUUGGACUGCAUUUCGUGAGCACACGUUCAACGAGUAGCACGCAUGAGUCCAGUUCUUUUGUUUUUUGGUGUUGUAUUAGUUGUUGCACUCAACUGUAAGAGGGGGGGAAAAAAAUGUUUUAAAAAUGCGUGACCGGUUACAUGUAUUCAAGCUACGUAGGACAUAACCGUAUUUUGUUGAUAUUAUAGGAGUGACAUACCACUAGAUAUACAAAGGUGAUGGGCCGUGUAAUGGGAAGUGGCGUUUUGUAUGUUUGUUUGUUUUUUGUUUUUUCUGUUGAUCUAAAAGAACAUUUAUGAGGUCAGCGCUCACUCAAACAAGUGGACGUUACGUUGUGCACCGGGGCCAAAGUCCCCCGGUGCUCCUCAAGCCACGUUACAUGCAUACGCUCGAUGUCACGCAAUGCUCCCUCACGAAACAAGCCGUUUUCUAUUCAAUUCUCUGUUAAUUUAUUUUGCUUACCAUUCUGGGCUUCUCAGGUUGACACGGUAGGUGUUUGAAGUAGAAUAAAGCAUCUAA